ACAUAUUUUUCUUCAGAAGUUUUUUGAACACUUUUGUACUUAACCACACAUAUUUACUGUUGCAUCAUCAACUCCUAUCAAAUUUCCUAGUGAAUUGAAUUCGUGAAUUUAAAGGCCAAUCCCAAAAAUAUCCAACUGUGAGACAUGGGAAAGAGAUCUCAGAAGAACCACGUGCUUAUGGUUUGCGUGGGCAACCUUUGCCGCUCCCCAAUUGCCGAGGCUGUUAUGCGUGACGUCGUUCAAAGGGCUGGUCUGCAGGGGGAGUGGCACGUGGAGAGCGCCGGCAUUGAAGGAUGGCAUUGUGGAUGCAGUCCAGAUGACCGAGCCCUGAAUGUCCUGGCUAACCACAAUAUCCAAUAUUGUGGAGCAGCAAGAAUUCUGACUCCCGAGGAUUUCCUAAAGUUCGACUAUAUCUUCGGCAUGGAUCGGAGCAAUCUGGCCGCCUUGAAGAGAAUGGCUCCGGAUUAUUCCACUGCCAAGGUGCUAAUGCUGGGAGACUUUGGACUAAAGCCGGAUGAACGCGUCAUUGAAGAUCCUUAUUAUAAUAUUGGCGAAGCAGCAUUUGAGAAAAUUUACCAACAAUGCAAAAUAGCGUGCCAGAAUUUUCUGAUUCAAGCGCGCCUAAAGCAAAUUAUUUAAAUCAACGCCCAAAAACCACC